GUUCUAUAUUUAUUUGGCUUUCGUCAAGUUUAUUUACCUCUAUAAGCAAUGCAGAGAACUUAUUUUCUUGUCCUCGGAGCCAUAGUGUUGCAUUUUGUCACAACUAGCUCAGCUAGCUUAAGUAUUGCCAAUAACCAUAACAACAGUGCUAGUGAUCUGAAUGCUCUUCUUGUCUUCAAAGCAGCCAUUUUCGAUCCCCAAAGGAUCAUCCCAACCAACUGGUCCACUUCUACCUCUGUUUGCAACUGGAUUGGUAUCACUUGUAAUGCUCGUCAUCAUAGAGUCGCAGCCAUUGACCUUUCUUACAUGGGAAUUGCGGGAACGAUGCCUCCACAAUUGGGAAAUCUUUCUUUUCUUGUCAGGUUGAAUGUCAUGAAUAACAGCUUUCAUGGACAUCUUCCAACCGAGCUCUCUCGUCUGCGCCGAUUGAAGUACAUCAGCUUGGACGGUAAUGCUUUUGAGGGCGAACUUCCGUCAUGGUUGGGAGGUUUAACUGCACUCCGAUACUUAUCCUUCCGAGAUAAUGGAUUUUCAGGUUCAUUAUCAGGCAGGCUCUCUAAUUUCACAAAGUUAGAGACCAUCAGGUUGGGUUACAACUUUUUGACCGGAAAUCUUUCUGAAGAAUUCAGCGCUCUACCGAAAUUGAAACUUUUGGAAAUUCAAUAUAACCAACUUGCAGGCCCUCUGCCACUGGCUCUGUUUAACCUCUCCUCAUUGCAAGUUAUUGGUUUUACGAGUAAUAGCUUAUCGGGUUACCUUCCAGCACACAUCUGCAAUUAUCUCCCACAACUUCAAGGGCUUUACUUAUCACGUAAUAACUUUGAAGGUGAAAUUCCAUCAGGCAUCGGAGAAUGCUCAAGACUCCAAGUUUUAUCCUUGUCUUCUAACAAAUUCAGAGGGUAUAUACCAAAAGGAGUUUGGAAUCUAACCACGCUUACACAAAUAUAUUUGGGUGGGAACGACCUGACAGGUGAAAUUCCAAACGCCAUUGACAAUCUCUAUAAUUUGGAGAUACUAGGCAUGGAGCGUGCUAAUGUGACAGGAAGGGAAACUAAAAAGUGCUAAAAUGGGGGACCUGUUGGAGGGAAUUGCUCCACACGUAAAAGAGUCCAAAAAGCCUCAUAAAACUGGCCUACAUGAAGCUACAGGCGGAUUGAAUUUCUUUUGGCUGAUUAGAAGGGUUGCUGACUAGGACUCUUACUAGCAAGAGGAAACACAAAGGAGAGGAAAUUUGGCAGAGCCGCAGCUCUUGUACUCCUUUUUACCUUCAAUUUCGUGGGGACCACGGAGGGAAGUUGGGCAAUUUGUUUUAGAUUAGGAAACAAUUCUUUUCCUUCGGUCGGGCAAUUAUUCAUGGGCCGUAGCUUUAUAUUUGGGGAAUUGGGGAGUUUUUCAGGGAAGGCUCUAACUUUAUAGUUUUUCUGUAUCUCAAUUUGGGGGACGAUAGCCGCAAUUACUUCUGUAAUUUUGCAUGGGAUUUCCUCCAUGAAGAUGAAUUAAAUCCC